UAAGUAACAAUAAUACCGAAGAUAACCUUAUAUGAACUCCGUCUUAUUCAAUUGUAAAUAAUCCACAAACAAGUCGUAUCACAAUCCUAACAUUUGCUGUACGGUAAUAAACAAAAAAAAAUGCUCAACAUUUUCUCCUCGGGAUCGCGGUGUGCGUUUCGACGGUGCUUCUCGACGAAACCUAAAGUCGGCAUACUCGGGGUGCCGUUUGGAAAAGGGGGCGAGAUCACAGGGGCGCACAAUGGCCCUGACAGUAUUAGGAAAGCGGGGUUAAUUGAUAGAUUAGCCGGCAUCGGGGAUGAUUUGGAAGUUAAAGAUUAUGGGAAUCUGGAGUACGAUGUGAUACAGGGGAUCGACACGACAGUUCCGAAUAUGAAGAAUUACCACGACAUUAUAAGUUGUAACCAAGUAUUAUCGCAAAAAGUAGAGAGCAUUCUGAAAGAGGGGCAGGUUUGCUUGGCUUUGGGGGGAGAUCAUUCUAUAGCUAUAGGGACAAUAGAUGGACAUGUUAGAGCAAAAAAAGAUGUAUCUGUAUUAUACAUAGACGCACAUCCAGAUCUAAACACAAACAAAACAUCUGAUAGCGGUAACAUUCACGGAAUGCCUUUGGGGAUUUUAGUCUCGGAACUCUCAGAUUACUGGCCUUAUUUACCUGGAAUGGAUUGGCAAAAACCAAUAUUAUCUCUAAGGAACGUCGCAUACAUAGGAUUAAGAUCAGUUGAUCCCUACGAGCGGCUCAUCAUCGACAAAUUAGGAGUGACUGCUUACGACAUGGAUGAUGUAGAGGAGCAUGGCAUAAGUUCCGUAAUAUCCAUGGCUCUGAAGGCUAUUGAUCCAGAAGAAAACCGCUCAAUUCACGUUAGCUUCGACAUUGAUGCACUCGAUAGUUUGGUAGCGCCUUCCACAGGAUAUCCAAUUCCAGGUGGUUUGACGUUGAGAGAGGGUGUUCAAAUUUUGGAAAAAGUGUUCGAUACGGGUCGUUUAGGGGCGAUGGACCUUGUGGAAGUGAAUCCGAAUAUCGGUUCAAAAGAAGACGUUAGAAGAACAGUCGAAGCGGCAGUUCACUUAAUCUUAGCAGCGUUUGGUAACAAAAGACGUGGAGUUAGACCUAAAAAUGAAACAUUACCUUUACAGACGUUUCCACCAACACGACCUCAAAUCGCUUAAAAUUUAAACAAAUCUUUUAAUCCCUUGUUUUUUUAUUCAUUUUUAAAUGUUUUUUAGAGGAUUGUAUAAAAUCUGCUGAGGAAAAAACCUAAAAUUACACAUCAAUCGGACAAAUCUGCUAAGAUUUAUACAAUUCUUUACUUACAUUAAAUUCAAAAUAGAAUUUGUAAAAAAUAAAUAAAUACUGUAAUAAUUACAAUUAUUACUUAGGACCCAACAUGUUCUCGGGCUUGACCCACUCAUCGAACUGCUGCUCGGUGAGAAUCUUCAGCUUCACGGCCGUCUUCUUCAGCGUCGAGUUAUCCUUGUGCGCGGUUUUCGCUAUCAGAGCGGCCUUAUCGUACCCAAUGUGCGGAUUCAGCGCCGUCACCAGCAUCAGACUCUCGUGCAACAGCUUGCUGAUCUUCUCCUUGUUGGCCACGAUGCCCUGAACGCAGUUCUUCGCGAAGCACUUGGAGCUGUCCCCAAUCAACCUGAUGGAUCUCAGCGUGUUCGCCACCAUCAUCGGCUUGAACACGUUCAACUCGAAGUGGCCGUUCGAUCCGCCGAUGGUGCAGGCCACGUGGUUGCCCAUCACCUGCGCGGCCACCAUGGUGAUGGCUUCGCAUUGCGUGGGGUUCACCUUUCCCGGCAUGAUCGAACUGCCCGGCUCGUUUUCGGGCAGGGCGAGUUCGCCCAAACCGCAUCGCGGACCAGACGCCAAGAAUCUGAUGUCGUUGGCGAUUUUCAUCAACGAACAGGCGACGGUAUUGAGCGCACCGGAAACUUCUACUAUAGCGUCAUGGCAGGCCAAAGCUUCGAAUUUAUUCGGUGCGGUAACGAACGGUAAUCCAGUAAGUUCAGCGAUUUUCUCCGCCACUUUUUUGUCGAAACCUUUUCUCGUGUUCAAACCCGUACCGACAGCAGUACCGCCCAAAGCCAACAUGUACAACCUAUAAAAACGCCGCUGAACUCCUGUCCCAAGGUGAGGGGGACGGCGUCUUGAGUGUGCGUCCUGCCGAUCUUGAUGAUGUCUUUAAACUCGCACUUUUUCUUUUCCAAAGCGUCGGCGAGCUGCUCCAUGCCCGGCAACAGGGUGUUUUCGAUCUCUAUGGCGGUGGCAAUGUGCAUGGCAGCGGGAAACGUAUCGUUGCUGCUCUGGCUCUUGUUGACGUGGUCGUUGGGAUGGACGGGGGUUUUCGAGCCCAAUUUACCGCCCAGUAUUUCUAAAAUAGAUUUUUUCAAUUUUUUUACACUAAUUUUUAGUGGUAACGCGUACCGAUUGCACGGUUGCUGAUCACUUCGUUGGUGUUCAUGUUGGUUUGGGUUCCGGAUCCAGUUUGCCAGAUUACUAAGGGGAAAUGGUCGCAGUACAAUUUGCCGGAGAUGACCUCGUCGGCGGCUUUGACAAUGGCGUCGACUAUUUUGUCUUCGAGACCGUACUCUUUGUUGACUAGGGCAGCAGCUUUUUUCAAUAUCCCCAUAGCUAUGAUGACAGGAUACUUGAAAAAUUAACGACGUAAUCAGCUUUAUUGUUGGAAAGGGGCAUUGCAAUAAACGGAAAUUAACGAUAUGAUUUUUUAAACUCGUGUAUAUGUUACGGAUAAAGUUAGAUAAAUGACUAAACCUAGGUUUACCCAGGUAAAGUGCGAAAUGCAACAUGGGACAAAACGUAGGUUUAGUCGUUUAUUUAACUUUAACCUUAACAUAUUCAACAACAUGAAAUAUGAUAUCGGCCACAAGGUAUCUUAUAAAAUAGUUUUGAAUGUGCAUUUAAAACUUGUUCUCAUAAUAAGUACUUAAUUUUAAUGAUUGGCCUUGAAUCGUUUAAUGGAUAAUUACUGCUUGACAAGAUCAGCUUGGCACUUGGGAUUUUUGUAUUAUAGGAUGCGCGUUGGUAAAUUUAACAGGUGGAGGAGAAUUGUAUUGAAUGAAGUUACAGUUUUUUUAACGUCAUAAAGAGGCUAAUAAUUUUGUAAGAUCAAAUUUGUAAUGGGAUAAAAAUAAUUAAAAUUCUAGUAAUCAAAUUUCAUAAUAAUUUCAAAAUUUUAUCAUCGAAAUUAAAUAAAUUCGAGGUAUGAAAAUAAGUUGGAAAAACAAGUAUAUUAUCAAAUGACCUCUAAAUAAAAAC